AUGCUCCCUUCUUCAACCCAACCAUUCAGUCAGCCCGGGCGACGCUUCGAGAUCCAGAUCGACAAUCCAGGUGCUCUUGAUUCCCUCUACUUUGUAGACGACAAUCCCCUACCACUAGGCGAGGACCAAAUCGAGCUUCAAGUCAAAGCAAGCGGUCUCAACUUCAAAGACAUUGGGGUUGCCAUGGGCCAGCUUGCACAGUCAUACAUUGGAAUUGAAUGCAGUGGUAUUGUUUACAGUGUAGGAUCAAAUGGAGUUGCUGUCCAGUGGCAGUUUGAUGGCCCUGGCUGA